AUGUUCCGGAACAACAGACAAGGCUUGAUGCUGCUGAUCCAGAUUCCACAUCUAUUACUAGUCUGUACUUCGUGGUGGAACGCCAACAGCUUCUUGGUAGAAGCAUUGCUCGGCCAUAGUCGCAUCUGUCCACAACGACAUCGACAGCAAGCAGAAAAACAACUACUCUGGACUACUACUAGUACUGAAAACAACAACGACGACCAAGCCAACAACGACUUUGGUAUUUGGGUGUACCAUCCAGGGGAACAAGAGGAAUGGAUCUCUCAUUCAGCAGAAAUGCUACAACAACAUCAACAAUCAUCGCCACUGCAAGAAACCCUGCACUGGUGUCGAGACUUUGUCGUUCCACUCAAUUUGUGUCCGUGGGCUGCAUCGUCCGUGACAACUCCACGAGCCAUGCAAUUCUACAUUGUUCCAACUACACAUAGUAGUACAAGUACUAGUAGUAUUGGGUCACAAAAAGACGAAAUGGCGCAUGUGGUCCAAACGGUGGCGCAAAAGUUUCACCAGUCAAUCAUUGAAGAAACAAAAGAUGACGACGACGACGACUUGAAGAAGGUCGCCAUUGCCUUUAUUCUCAUCGAACAACAACACUCAUCCACAUCAACAUCAUCAUCAGCCACAUCUUCACCACCACCACCACAUCAUUGGAGUGAGUCCUUUCCAACCUUUUAUGACUGGUUCAUAGAUUUGGAAGACGAUUGGAUUGAUCAGGCAGAAGAAUACAAUGAUGAAGACACGACAACACCAGUCAGCAACAUUUACACAGAUGUGACAUUGGCUGCCUUUCAUCCAGAUUGGAUGUAUGGGGAGUCUGACAAUGGUGACGGUCUGGACUUUGAAAAGAGGAGUCCCGUUCCAACCAUUACAUUGGUGGCUACCGAAACCAUUGAUGCAGCUGGACCACAGGCGACCGAACGAAUUGCCAAUCACAAUGCUCAAGUUUUGCAACACGAAAUGACACCAGAACAAAUACAGACACUCUACCAACGAGUUGUUCGGGGAGAAGAACAAGCACAAGAACAAGCACAGGAGGACUAA